CCACGCGCCGCUUCGUCGAGAGUGAGGGGAUUUAGCGCAUAUCGGAAUUCAGUAACGAUAACCAGCAAAUCCCAUGCAAAAUCCAUUACAAUUAUCAACAAAAUAUAUUAUAUUUAUUAAAAUUAAAUUUAAUUAAUAAACAUCCCCUAAAAAACGCUUCAUUUGAAGGAAAUAAGUUUUCCUCUCUCCAUAUUUAGUCCCCAAAUUUAAUUCCAUCACCGAAACGCCACUUAGGUAGUUGGGUUUCCCCCAUCUCUCUCUUUCUUUCUUUUUCUCUCCCAUUCUCUCUUUCUCUCUAACAUUGUCAUCGGAAAAUUUACAAUUCUCCAGUGGGAUUCAACAAUGGCGGCCACACCACCACCACCUACGCCUUCCACGACAACGCCGCCACCGGCGUCGUUGUAUGUAGGGGACUUGCAUCCGCAGAUCGAUAAUCUGCAACUUAGCGAUGCCUUCUCCGAGUAUAAGAGCAUCACGUCUGUACGCGUUUGUAAAGACUCAUCCACCGCUCGCUCUCUCUGUUACGGAUACGUUAACUUUCUAUCUCCUCAAGAUGCUAGGCAUGCUAUCGAGUCUAAAAACAACACCAUGUUGUAUGGAAAAAUGAUAAGGGUAACAUGGUCCCACCGUGAUCCUGAUGUGAGAAGAAGUGGCAUUGGCAACGUGUUUGUCAAGAAUUUAAAUGAGUCGGUUGAUAAUGUACAACUUCAAGAAAUGUUCAAAUCAUUUGGUAAUAUAUUGUCUUGUAAAGUGGUUACACAUGAAGAUGGUAAGAGCAAAGGGUACGGAUUUGUUCAGUUUGAUUCUGUGGAAUGUGCAAAUGUUGCUAUUGAGAAACUUAAUGGCACUAGUCUUGGAGGCAAACAGAUAUAUGUAGGGAAGUUCGUGAAGAAAAGUGAUCGAAUAUUACCUACUCCUGAUGCUAAGUAUACAAAUCUAUACAUCAAGAAUCUUGAUGAGGAUAUUUCAGAAGACAUUCUUGAUCAAACUUUCUCAAAAUUUGGAAAAAUUGUGAGCUUGGUUAUAUCAAGAGAUGACAAUGGUGCUUCAAGGGGCUUUGGUUUUGUGAACUUUGAAAAUCCAGAUGAUGCUAGGAAGGCUGUGGAAGAUGUGAACGGGAUGAAUCUUGGUUCAAAGGCUUUAUAUGUUGCGAGGGCUCAGAAGAAAGCAGAAAGAGAACAAAUUUUGAGGCGUCAGUUUGAGGACAUGAGGAAAGAACAAAUAGCAAAAUAUCAGGGCUCAAAUGUUUAUGUGAAGAAUAUUGAUGAUGACGUCACAGAAAAUGAGCUGCAAGAACACUUCAGUCAGUGUGGCACAAUCACAUCUGCAAAAUUAAUGUGUGAUGACAAAGGACUUAGCAAAGGAUUUGGAUUUGUCUGCUUCUCUACUCCAGACGAAGCAACCAAGGCUGUGAAUACCUUACAUGGAUACAUGUUCCAUCGAAAGCCAUUGUAUGUAGCUAUUGCUCAAAGGAAAGAAGAGAGACAAGCACAAUUACAGAUUCAUUAUGCACAAAGAAUGGCUGGACUUGUGGGCCCAUCUUCUAUGAUCCCUAGUGGCUAUUCUCCCUAUUACUAUACAGCUCCUUCUGGUAUCAUUUCACAAGUAGCUCCACAACCAGGGAUCAUGUAUCAACCUAUGGCAAUCAGGCCAGGAUUUAGGGCUAAUGCUUUUGCACCCCCAACAAGACCCACUUUUCAGCCAUCUCCAUACCCUACUUUUAUUCCUAACAGUGUAAGACCGCAUAGACAAAAUAGAGGGAGGAUGAACGGACAUAUGCAGCAGCAGCCGCCGCCGCCACAGGGUGGUCAUACUCUUCCAUAUGUGCCACAUUUGCAACAGCCUAAUCCGAAUCAUCAGACUUCAAAGGAAUCAUCUAGCAAUCAACAGCGGACAGGACAGGUGAAGUAUGCACCAAACGGACGUAGUUCACGUGACAUGAACAAAGGAAUAACGAUAUCUUCUUCUUCUUCACCUUCAAAUUCCGGCGAAGGAGCAGAGAUGUUGAGCAGUAUGCUUGCCGCUGCUUCCCCAGAGAUUCAAAAACAGAUGCUAGGGGAACGUCUCUACCCCCUCGUCAACCAACACAAGCCGGAUCUUGCUGCAAAGAUCACCGGAAUGCUGUUGGAAAUGGACAAUUCCGAACUGCUUCUGCUUUUGGAGUCGCCGGAAUCUUUGGCUGCUAAGGUGGAGGAAGCUGUGCAGGUGUUGAAGCUUACAAAGACCCAAGUGUCUACCACCACUGCCAGUCAAGAGACUAUUAGUCAUCCCAGUAUCUUAUCUGCUGGGGUGGCAGUCAACUGAGAGAGAAAAAUUACUUAUAUCUAUAUUAAUUAAUUAGUUUUUCUGAAACUAUAAACUUUUCAUAUUGGCAUCAAACUACCGUAGAUUUGGAUAUUAUUGUUGCACCUUCUUUUGGCAUUGCAUUUUUAUAUUUUGUUUAUAUAUAAAACUUUU